AUGAACGGACCAUCUUCUUCAUCUUCGUCGGCUCUGACGUCUUGGUUGGCUCCGAUGCUGGCCGGAAAGUCUGACGCCGACAUAGUAGAGUUACUUGACCGGAUGCUGACUCGGUUGGCGCUUUGCGACGAUUCAAAACUCCAAGACUUGCUGUCCAAGCUUCUUCCGCUCUCCAUUGCUUCUCUCUCUUCGGAAUCUCAAUCCGUCAGAAACAAAGUUCUUGAGAUUCUAAGCCAUGUGAACAAAAGGGUAAAGCAUCAAACAGAAAUUGGACUGCCUUUAGCAGUGUUGUGGGAAUUGUAUAUGGAAUCUGUUUCUGCUUCGAUGGUGAGGAACUUCUGUGUUGUUUAUAUUGACAUGGCAAUUGAUCGUGCUUCGAAAGAGGAUAAAGAAAGUGUAGUUCCUGCUAUGCUUUCUGUUAUUUCGAAGCUUCCUUCGCAGCAUCAGGAAAUAUUGUUGAGGAUAUCUACGAAGGUGAUUGGCGAAUGCUAUUCAACUCAAAUCAAUGAUAUAAUUGCCCAAAUGUAUAAACAAAUUGGUGCUUCACCGGAUAGGGAUAUAUUUCUUGACUUUUGUCUACACACACUUUUCUAUCAGUCGUCUCAGAGUGGAGGAUCCCCACCUGGACUAUCAAUUAUUCUGCGAGAUCGUGUUAGUGGUAAAAAGACAUUGACUAGUGAUAUUCUCCAGAAUCGGAAGUUGGCCAUCUUAAACGUUCUUGAGGCUAUGGAGCUGCCUACUGAACUUGUUUAUCCUCUCUAUGUUGCUGCGAGCGCGGACAGUCAGGAAUCAGUGUCUAGGAGGGGCGAUGAGCUCUUGAAGAAGAAAGCAAGUGGAGCUAGCUUAGAGGAUACUAAGCUGAUCAACAAAUUGUUCUUCCUGUUCAAUGGCAAUACUGGAGCAGAUCAGAUUCCACAAGAAUCUAGAAUUAAUCCUGGGAGUUUGGCUUUGAGAGUGAGGCUGAUGUCUAUCUUUUGUCGAUCAAUUGUGGCUGCGAACAGUUUUCCAUCAACUUUGCAGUGCAUCUUUGGUUGUAUUUAUGGAAGUGAUGCCACAACAAGGCUGAAGCAGUUGGGGAUGGAGUUCACUGUCUGGGUGUUCAAGCAUGCUAAGCAGGAUCAGUUAAAUUUAAUGGGCCCCAUCAUUCUCAAUGGUAUAUUAAGCUCGCUCGAUAGUUCUGCAACAUCUGAGUCAGAUGCCACUGUUAGGGAUACAAAGAACUUCGCGUAUCAAGCAAUUGGGUUGCUCGCAAGACGAAUGCCUCAACUUUUCAGACAUAAAAUUGAUAUGGCUGUUCGACUGUUUGAUGCUCUGAAAGCUGAGCCUCAGUUUUUGCGUUCGGUUAUUCAAGAUUCCACCAAUUCACUUGCUCUGGCAUACAAGGGUGCAUCCUCAUCUGUUUUGACGGCGUUAGAGUCACUUCUUCUGAAAAAUUCUCAAAUGGAACAAAGUGAAGUGCGAUUUUGUGCUGUAAGAUGGGCGACAUCCUUAUUUGACUUGCAGCACUGCCCCAGUCGGCUCAUUUGUAUGCUUGCUGCUGCAGAUCCGAAAUUAGACAUAAGGGAAAUGGCUGUGGAAGGUCUGUUUCCUGGUGAAGAUCCAAGAAGGACUCUUAACAGUCAAUCCAAUUUGAAGUAUCCGAAACUUGAGCAAAUGCUGGACUGUAUUUUGAAUGAGCAUCCAGCACUUGCAGUUUCCGACGGAAAACUACUUUUCCUUUCUGCCACAUACGUAGCGAUGAUCAAAUUUUUGCUGAAGUGCUUUGAGAUUGAUGUGAAGCAAUAUAAAACAUUUGAAUAUUCAAAAUUUUUGGAGUCGGUGGAUAAGUUAUGUAUCCUCCUAGAGCAUGCAAUGGCACAUGAUGGAUCUGUUGAGGUGCAUGCUGAUGCAUCCAAAGCAUUAAUAACUCUUUCAAGCCAUGUUCCACAGGUAGUUGCAUCUCAGUUUGCUGCUAAGGUGUCAUGGCUUAAGCAAUUACUUGGUCAUGUGGACUUCGGAACACGUGAAUCUGUGGCGCAAUUACUUGGCAUUGCCUCCUCUGCUCUUCCAGUUUCUUCCUCUUCUCUUUUGAUUAGCGAACUUAUCGGCUCAAUUAGUGGCUCAUUGAAGUUAAGGUUUGAAAUGCAACAUGGAGUGAUUUGUGCUCUAGGUUAUGUUACAGCAAACUGCUUGUUGAGAACCCCAACUAUAUCGGAGUCCUUGCUUCAGACAGUUAUUAAAUGUUUAGUUGGUGUAGUCAAUUCUGAAACUGCUACUUUAGCUUCUGCUGCUAUGCAAGCUCUUGGGCAUAUUGGACUUUGCGUCGCACUUCCUCCUCUGGCUUCUGAUACUGGUUCAGUUGAUGUUUUGUCGCUCAUGCAUGAAACGUUGAAGAAGCUUCUUUCCCGUGACGACAUUAAAGCUGUCCAGAGAACUGUUAUCGCGUUGGGCCACAUGUCUGUCAAGGAGUUGAAUUCCUCAAUUCUGAAUGUAGUUCUUGAUCUGAUUUUCAGUCUUAGCCACUCUAAGGUUGAGGAUAUCUUGUUUGCUGCUGGAGAGGCGAUUGCAUUUACUUGGGGGAGUGUUCCUGUGACGACUGAGAUGAUUCUGAGGAGUAACUAUUCUUCACUCUCGGCAGCUUCAAACUUCCUAAUGGCUGAUAUAUCAUCAUCUGUGUCUAGUUCUAAAAGAAUGAAUUCCGAAGUCAGUGAAGAUUAUCAUGGUACAGUUAGAGAUGCAAUUACGAGAAAGCUGUUUGAUGGACUUUUGUAUAGCAACAGAAAAGAUGAGCGAUGUGCUGGAACUGUUUGGUUAUUGUCACUAACAAUGUACUGUGGGCACCACCCAAUGAUCCAGAAACUACUUCCAGAGAUCCAGGAAGCAUUUUCACAUCUUCUUGGAGAACAGAAUGAACUCACACAGGAACUGGCAUCUCAGGGUCUUAGCAUUGUAUAUGAACUUGGUGAUGCUUCGAUGAAAAAUAAUUUGGUGAAUGCACUAGUUGGUACCUUAACUGGUUCUGGGAAGAGGAAGCGGGUGGUAAAACUGUUGGAAGAUUCAGAAGUGUUUCAAGAGGGUGCAUUUGGGGAAAGUCCUAGUGGAGGAAAAUUGGGCACUUACAAGGAGCUCUGCAACUUAGCAAAUGAGAUGGGGCAGCCAGAUUUGAUAUACAAAUUUAUGGAUUUAGCCAAUUACCAGGCUUCUCUGAAUUCUAAAAGAGCUGCUGCUUUUGGAUUUUCUAAGAUAGCCAAAUAUGCUGGGGAUGCUCUACAACCAUACUUGCGUUCCUUGAUUCCUAGGCUUGUUCGCUACCAGUAUGAUCCAGAUAAAAAUGUGCAGGAUGCUAUGGUACACAUUUGGAAGUCGCUGGUGGCUGAUUCAAAGAAGACAAUAGAUGAGCACUUGGACCUCAUUUUUGAUGAUCUUCUGAUACAAUGUGGCUCAAGGCUGUGGCGUUCUCGUGAAGCCUCUUGUCUUGCAAUUGCAGAUAUCAUCCAAGGCCGUAAAUUCGAACAGGUUGAGAAGCAUUUGGGGAAAAUAUGGAAAGCAGCUUUCCGUGCCAUGGAUGACAUAAAGGAGACUGUUCGUAAUGCUGGUGAUAGGUUGUGCCGUGCUGUCACUUCGUUAACAGUACGGCUAUGUGACAUUUCCCUAACACCAAUGACGGAGGCCAGACAGUCAAUGACCGUUGUACUGCCCAUAUUACUGACUGAAGGAAUUAUGAGUAAGGUUGAAACUAUAAGGAAGGCGUCGAUCGGAGUAGUCACAAAACUCGCAAAGGGUUCGGGUGUUGCAAUCGUUCCACAUCUACCUGAUCUGGUCUAUUGUAUGCUGGAGAGUCUUUCAAGCCUUGAAGAUCAAGGUCUAAAUUAUGUUGAGCUGCAUGCUGCUAAUGUGGGUAUUCAAGCUGAAAAGCUGGAUAACUUGCGGAUUUCAAUAGCCAAAAGUUCUCCCAUGUGGGAAACUCUGGACUUCUGCAUUGAGGUUGCAGAUACACAGUCACUGGAGAUGUUGGUGCCUCGUCUUGCCCAACUAGUUCGUUCUGGUGUUGGCUUAAAUACAAGGGUGGGUGUAGCAACUUUCAUAAGCAAAUUAGUGCAGAAAGUAGGUGUUGACAUCAAACCUUUCACAAGCAUGCUACUGAAGCUUUUGUUUCCAGUGGUUAAAGAGGAGAAAAGUACAGCGUCAAAAAGAGCAUUUGCAAAUGCUUGUGCAACAGUUUUAAAGUUUGCAGUUCCUUCUCAAGCACAGAAGUUAAUAGAAGAUACUGCAGCGCUGCAUGCUGGUGACAGGAAUGAUCAAAUCUCUGGGGCAAUUUUGUUGAAGAGCUUUUCUUCUUUGGCCAAUGAUGUACUGGCUGGAUACAGAAUCAUUGUUGUUCCUGUUGUUUUUGUAUCAAGAUUUGAAGAUGACAAGACUGUUUCUAAUUUGUUCGAAGAAUUAUGGGAAGAAAACAUGGGUAGUGAACGGAUCACACUACAACUGUACUUGGGAGAGGUUGUAAAUUUGAUAAAUGAAGGGGUUACAGGAUCAUCGUGGGCUCAGAAGAAAAAGGCUUCUCAAGCUAUAAGUAAACUCAGUGAAGUUCUGGGUGAAUCACUCUCUGCACAUCACCAGGUAUUGCUGAGAUCACUCAUGAAGGAAGUCCCUGGCCGUCUAUGGGAGGGAAAGGAAGUUAUAUUAAAUGCUUUGUCUGCACUUUGUACCUCAUGCCAUAAAGCGAUUGCAGCCAUAGAUCCCAGUGCAGUGGAUUCCAUUUUAAGUCUUGCAUUAGCAGCUUGCACAAAAAAGGCUAAAAAGUACCGCGAGGCAGCUUUUUCUUGUCUUGAACAGAUUGUUAUAGCAUUCAAUAACCCAGACUUCUUCAAUGUGGUACUUCCAUCCUUACUUGAUAUGUGUAACAUUGACGCUCAUAUGAAGAUGGAUCAAACAACUCCUGCCACCAAUGCAAAAGCAGACGAAGAUGAGAUGGAUAAUUUCUCUGUUUCCCAUGGUAAAAUUAUUAGUUGCAUGACAUCGAUCGUCCAUGUGGCGCGAGUCAGUGAUAUGGUUGACCAGAGGACACAGUUGGUGGAUGUACUUUUAUUCUCUCUUGCCCCUGCUAUUCAAUGGACUGUGAAAAUGUCGACCUUUUCAUUAUUAAAGGAGAUCUCAUCAAGACUUCGAGACAUUCAAUCCAACUUUCAAGAUGCUUGUUUGCCUGCUAACAGAACUGUUUUUUUACUUGAGCUAUUUCAAAAGGUCACACCAAGAGUGCUGGAAUGCAUGCAUAGUAUUAAGAUUGGCCAGGUACACGUAGUUGCUACGGAAUGCAUUCUGGACAUGUUGAAUCUGUACAAAGAUACUCAAUCUGAGCGUCCGGAACUGGGUUUCAAGAAUGAGCUGCUGCAUCUGUUGGAUAUUGAGAAAAACGAAGAGGCAAAAUCCUUAUUGAGGAAAUGCGUUGACAUCCUUGAGAAUAAUGACACUAGUCACACUACUAUCCGUGAUGAGAAUCAUGUAGUUUUUCAUGAAGGUUCUCCUAGUGAGGGGAAUGAGUUAGUCCUUCAUUCUAGUAUUGGAAUGCCAAGUUUACUUUGCAGGCCAAUCAAGGAAGAAAGAAUGGAUCUUGACUACCUAUGUGAUAGGAAGUUGGUUCAAGAGAGCUAUGAUCAAGGUGAUGAGAAUGUCAUUAACUUUGCAGUUCAAACCAAAGGAGAUGAAAACCUCAUGGAAAUAAGUGCUGAAGAGUAUCAAGAGAGUUUGACUCUGUGUGCUCCAUGA